AAAAAAAUCCAAAAUCCAAAAUUAGCGCGCCAAUCUGAACCCUUCAAAAACUUAAUUUCGUCCACUUCAUUCUUCCCCUCUCUCAAAAAUGGCGAUGGAGCCUCCCUCUUUCUCUCUCGGCUUGGACCUAGAACUUGAAUCCGAACCCGAAUUCAUACCCGAAAACCCACCUCCCACUCAGCUGCAACAACAAGUCCGGCAACACUACUCCGCCAUCAAUGUAGGUUCCACCUCCGGCCCCCUCUUAAACGACGGAAACGAUGAUUUCGGGCUGCAGGUUAUGGAUUCGGAUCCGGAAAGCGGACCCAGUUCCCCUCGGGUAUUCAAGCGGCUCAGAAAAGGACCCGGAUCCGCAAUUAAUGAAUUGGAAGUGAAGAAGAGAGUUAAGGAAGAGCAAGUGUUUUCUGUGAAUAAUGGUGAUGAUGACAUUGAAGAGUUUUCUUCACAAGAAGAUUUUAUUAUUAAAGAUGCAUACCCAUCAGCAGAGCACACUUCUGUGUGUAGCAGCUCAAAGGUCCCACUCCGCAGUGUCAGGAUUCAGACUACUCAAUCAUUAAACCAGUUGAAGGAAAAGAAAAAGGCUUCAGAUGCUCCAUUUUCUUCCUCUUUACAGACAGGGCACAAUGGGCUGAUAUUUCCAAACUUAACUAUUAGCCCUCUUCGAAGAUUUCAAUUAAUUGAUUCAGACUCUGAGGAGCCUUCUAUGAUUAAAAACGUGAGCCGAAAGGUUCCAACAACUGAUUCAUCCUCGAAAGACCAUAAGUCUGCUUCAUAUGAACAGAAGAGAAAUUUAGUAACAGAGAAGCAUCGAAAUGAGGAUUUGUGGAAAGAUUUUUGUCCAAAGAAGAGUUCUCACGUUCCGACUCCUGUUUUGGAUGAGGUCUGUAAAGAAUAUUUCCAGUCCCUCCGAGACAAGGAUUCAGCUCAGAAACUGGGAACUGGUAUACAUAGAAGUGACAAUAUAGGCUAUCAUCCAAAUAAAACUACCAUCACGGGCUUUGAGCAAAGCUGGAACUCAGUAGACCCUCUUCCUCCAGCUCAUCAUUACUUCUUUCACCAUGAUUCAAGGAUUCAGUCACUAGUCCGUCGUCGCUUACCUAAUUUUUCCCCACUUGGCACUGUUAACAACAGGGAAAAUCAUCAGCCUAGUGAACCAGUUAUUAAUUACAUGAGCCAGUUCAAUGCAGAAGCUUCUAAACAAAAGAGGACUCAGACAAACAACAAUGGGAAAGGUUCAAAAGGAGGAAGAAGCAGAUCAAAGAAAUCAAAUUCCAAAGAAGCUCCACAAUCAUCUCAAGGUUGGGUAGAUCCCAAAAGAAGUGCUGCCAUUCCAAAGGAUGCUGGGAAAAGACGUGUUCAGGCAAAUGGUCAAGCUGCCGGUCAUUGGUUCACAUCCCCUGAGGGGAAGAAGGUUUACAUCUCAAGAACCGGGCAGGAGCUGACGGGUCAAAUGGCCUAUAGACAUUAUAAAAAAGAGAGUGGAGGGUCUAGAAAGUCGAGAAAGAAAACGAAUGUCAAGAGGAAGAAGAAAGGUUGAAAGUAAUGGAAGCUAACAUACAUACACAUACACCUUUUCUUUUCUUGUCAUUUGUACUUCAUAUUUUCCAUAAACAUUGUAGAUUUCAGUUUGUAAUGUUGAUCCACUGCAAUCAGGUUUUGUCUAGUUUUAUCUGCCGAUGGUGUCCUUUGUCUAGAUCAAUCAAUCUCAUUUUCGUUUGCAAUUUGUCAA